GAAGUUCGUUACUAACAGCUAUUCCGGUUUCACGUGCGUUGUUUCUCGGGAGUUCUGAGAAUCUUCAUUAGUUUGAAGGAAUAUAUAUGCACGAUUUUUCAAGAAUGAUUGUCUUCAAAACUGCAGAUCCAAGAAAACAUGAAUCAACCUUCAUCAGUCAGUCUACAAUUUUAUCUAUUUUUAUAACAGGUAGCUGGGCACUGGACUGCUUCAAAUGCAUAUCAAUAGGCGGUGAAUAUCCACCCUGUGAUGAUCCAUUCCAUAACAAUUAUACUCAAGAUAUUCUAGAAACUCCUUGUUGGGCUGGUAGAAAACAAAGAAAUGGAGUAUUUCCUGCUACCACUUGCGUCAAGUUAGCAGGAGUGUAUGAUGACACUGGAGAAAGUCUUGUUGUUCGAGGCUGUGCAGUGGAUAGUGGUACUCUAACAAUAGAUACAGAGCUUGUGCGGAUGAGUCACUGCGGUGGAUUUUAUUACGAAAAUCGUUAUGUUCGAGGCUGUGUGCAGAACUGUUUCGAUGAUGGUUGUAACGCAUCGCCCCUUCCCUAUGCCAGACUGAACAGCAUGCCUUUUAUAGUACUUUUAUGUUCCCUGAAUUUAUUUUUGUUAAAACAGUUUCGCCUCUUUGACUAAAGAUCUUUUCUAGUCAAAGAUAUGCGCAGUUCCAACUCAUGCUAGAGGAGAUGUGUGAUGAUGAAAAAAGUGUCUUGCAAUUUAUAUUUCUCCAAACGGCUGUAGUGUUCUGUCUUUACACGAAUAUUUUGUGUGUAUGUGUGUGUGUGCUACAGCAAACAAUAUAAAAAAACAAUUUAGCAAUCCCUUUUUUAGUUAAUUUAAAGUAUAAAAGGUUUAAGUUUAUAUUUCAUAAAAGCUGUUGCCUUUGUUAAUGAAAACAUUUUGUGUUACUUUGUUCUACUUUAAUGUCGCUUUAACGUCAUGUGUAAUUUUCUACUUAAUACUGUAAAUGUUUGCUAACUGCAUAGCCGACAAAUGAAACAUUUUUUAAAUAUGUAAGUGAUAAAAAUUUCCCCCUCUUGUGUAAAUCUUUCUUAUGUUAUAUUUUGUUUUGUAUAAUAAAUAACUAGCUGUAGUAUAAACUAAAAUAGUGAAAUAUAAAGUAUUCUCCCAUUAGAAAAUAAAAUUUCAUGCAAAAUUCACUUUUAACUUGAGAGAGUUUCGUUUUUAGCAAUUUUUGCGGAAACUAAAUUUCUAUAUGCAAAUAUUCUAUUCAUGUAACUUUCAUAAAGCAAAAU